GAUUCCGACCACUGUACUUCACCGCUUCUCACAAGAGUUGCCGAUUGCCGGCCGAUCAAUUGGCGAAUCAGUAAACUUCCCGGGUUGAAGUGUGAAUCUCGCUGUAUUUCCUUCUCGUACGGCGUCGGAAGUCGGUCCUCCGUUCCUAAACCCUAAAAUUGGGUUUUAGGGGAAGUUUCAAAAAACCCUAAUAUCACUCUUAUUCCUUCACUGUAUUGUACGUAUCCUUCGGCCAUGUAUGGAGGUGACGAGGUAUCAGCUAUAGUCCUUGAUCUGGGCUCGCACACUUGCAAAGCUGGUUAUGCCGGAGAAGAUGCUCCCAAGGCUGUUUUCCCCUCUGUUGUCGGUUCAAUUGACCAAAUGGAAGUUGAUGACACUACAAGUGCCGAAAAGAACUCUGGAUCUGCUGGAGAAUCUAAAAGUAAUACUAAAACUCUCGAUUCUGAUAAAGGCAAGGGAAAACGCAAACUAUAUGUUGGAUCUCAAGCUUUAGGGUUCCGCCGUGAUAAUAUGGAGGUACUAUCACCUAUAAAGGAUGGAGUGAUUGUUGACUGGGAUAUUGUUGAUAGCAUAUGGGAUCAUGCUUUCAGAGAAUGUCUACUGAUUGAUCCUCAAGAACAUCCCAUGCUACUUGCGGAACCAUCUUCUAAUGCACAACAACAGAGAGAAAGGACGGCAGAGAUUAUGUUCGAGAAGUACAAAGUUCCUGCAUUAUUUUUGGCAAAAAAUGCUGUUCUCACGUCAUUUGCAUCAGGUCGUGCUACAUCACUUGUUGUUGACAGUGGUGGUGGAUCAACAACCGUUGCCCCGGUGCAUGAUGGCUAUGUUCUGCAAAAGGCUGUUGUAUCUUCUCCUGUUGGUGGAGAAUUUCUUACUGAUUGUUUGUUAAAAAGUUUGGAGAGCAAAGGUAUCAAGAUAAUGCCAAGAUACUCCUUCAAGAGGAAGGAAAUACGACCUGGAGAAUUUCAGAUAGUUGACCUUGAUUUCCCAAAUACUACAGAAAGUUACAAACUCUACUCACAGAGGGUAAUUGCUAGUGAUAUUAAGGAAUGCGUAUGCCGAGCACCAGAUACUCCUUAUGAUGAAAGUGCCUAUUCAAAUAUCCCAAUGACGCCAUAUGAACUUCCUGAUGGACAGACAAUUGAAAUUGGGGCUGAUAGAUUCAAGAUUCCUGAUGUUCUAUUUAAUCCUUCGUUAGUCCAGACUAUACCUGGAAUGGAGAGUUUCACUGAGACAGCUCGCUCAGCUCACGGAUUGCCGCAGAUGGUAAUCGAGAGUAUAAAUAAGUGUGAUGUGGAUAUUCGCAGAGAAUUGUUUAGCAGUAUACUGCUUGCUGGUGGAACAGCUUCAAUGCAACAGCUCAAAGAACGUCUUGAGAAAGACUUAUUAGAGGAGUCUCCUCAAGCUGCUAGGGUUAAAGUAUUGGCGAGUGGAAAUGCCACUGAAAGAAGAUUCAGUGUCUGGAUAGGAGGGAGUAUAUUGGCCUCUCUUGGUUCAUUUCAGCAAAUGUGGUUCUCCAAAUCCGAGUAUGAAGAACAUGGGGCUUCUUAUAUUCAAAGAAAAUGCCCGUAGAUAUUGUCCUUUGAAAUGAAGGUUUUUUGGAACGCUCGACCGGGGACAACAGGUCGUUAACUUUUUGUUUGUGUAGCAUAUUGUACAACUCCACUCACAUGUUCUAUUUAGCUGCUGUUAGCAUCUGCAGUACAGGAUCAGGCCAUCAAUUCCCUGUUUAUUGCUCAAUAUUUGACUAGUAGAUCAUUUUUAUUUUCUCUGAGUUCAACAAGGUGGUAGUAGAUAAGUUUAAAUUAACUUUAUCAUUACAUUAUAUGCAAACAUUCUGCCCCUCUAAUUUUAUGUUUUUUAUGUAUAUUUGAACUUCU